AAUCUGAUCAGAGGAUUUCGAGGAACGAUGGUCUCUUACGGAAUCUGUCUCGCUCCACUCUUCGCCAUGCUGGUGUCUGCGCAUGGCAUUCCUGAUCCCAGCCUUGAUUAUCACUGGCAAUUAUGGGUGAAGACCCAUCGCAAAGAUUACGACAAUGAGGAUACACAUCUUGCCAGACGUAUGAUCUGGGAGAAGAACCUGAAGUUUAUCAUGAUCCAUAAUCUCGAGUAUUCAAUGGGACUUCACAGCUAUGAAGUUGGAAUGAACCAUCUAGGAGACAUGACAGACAAGGAGGUGGCUACCACAAUGACUGGCUUUAAUGCUUCAGAAAUGUCCAUAUCCAACACAACUGAACUGGCACAGGAUCUGGCAAAUAAACGCGUACCAGAGUCAAUGGAUUGGAGGAAUCAAAACUGCGUGACCAAUGUAAAAGACCAGGGUUCCUGUGCUUGUAGUUGGGCGUUCAGCGGUGUCGGAGCUCUGGAGUGUCAGAUGAAACAGAGGAAAAGCAAGCUGGCCUCUCUCAGCGCCCAGAACCUGCUGGACUGUUCCCACGACUAUGGCAAUAAUGGCUGCAAAGGCGGCUUCCUGGUAGCCACCUACAGAUACAUGAAAGAAAAUGGAAUUGAGCUGGACAGCACUUAUCCAUUUGAAGGAAAGGAUGGCAUUUGCCGUUAUAACCCAACCAGCAAAGCCAUUGGCAUUACCAGUUUCAAACAACUACCCUAUGCCAAUGAAGAGGCACUGAAGGUUGUCGUGGGCACCGAGGGGCCAGUGUCUGUUGCAAUAGAUGCCAGUAGGAGGUCCUUCUACAUGUAUAAAGCAGGUGUAUAUUAUGACCCACAGUGCAGUAACACAGAAACAAACCAUGCCAUGCUCGUGAUUGGAUACGGAGCCGACAACGGAGUGGAGUACUGGUUGGUGAAGAACAGCUGGGGAACAAAUUUUGGGGAAGGAGGAUACAUUAAGAUUGCCAGAAACCACUACAACCAUUGUGGAAUAGCAAACUAUGGCUCAAUUCCAACCAUCUGAAGGUGUUCACUAUUAAUUAUUCUUCUCUUAUGUUUCAAAGAUUGUAGGAAAUGGGAUAUUGGUAUUUCCAGUAGUUCUAAACGGUUAACCUGUGAAUGUUUCCAGAUAAAUUUCACAAUUUCAUUAAAAAAAUGGAGGUUUAAUGUAUGUUAGGUGUUUGUAGAUUAAAAUUGAACGCUCUAUGUGUUACAGUUGAAAUACCUGGACAUUUUCAGAUCAAGAAUGAAUAAAUCAGAUGAUAAUUACAGAAACCAUUAAGCAUCAAUAAAUACUGAUCUAAGGUCUGAACUUUUCUUCUAAAAUUGUAAAAUAGAGACUGAACGGGUCAUUUAAUGGCUAAAAAGAACUUGGGCCAAUCCUACGUUUUAAUGAAUUUCCCACAAGAAAUCCCCUAAAUUCUCCGGAAAAAAAAAAAAAAAA